AUGUACUUCUCCAAGAUCGCCGUUCUCCUCGCCCUUACCGCCACCGGCCUCUCUGCCCCGGUCGAUGCGGUCGACAAGCGUCAGGCCAAGCUUCUAUCUGUCCAGGACUACUCCCAGUUCCAGGUGUCCGACGGCACUGGUGGCAACGCUCUUGAGGAGGUCGCUCAGAAGUUCCCUAUCGACCAGAUCAAGGCCGACCUAGCGGGCGUGAGCAAGGACGACCUUGAUAUCCUUAAGGCCGCUCGCGUUGCCGCCGAAGGCGCCGAGGCGGACGCCGGCGGCUUCAACGACGCCAUCGCCGCGGCUUCCGGGGCAGAUGCCGACGCCCUCAGUGUCGGAAAGAUCAAGAACAAGUGCCUCAAGCUCCAGCUCGAGGUCCUGGCUCUUCAGGUCGAGCAGGCCCAGGGUGCCGACAACCAGGCCAAGAUCGAUGCCGAGCAGAAGAAGCUGGACAACAACGUCAAUAUCGACAAGGGCAACGCCGGCAAGGCGAGCAAGAGUGUCGCCUUCAGUGCUACCUCGCAGCCCAAGGGCGGUAAGGCCGGUGCGGCCGGCAAAGCCGAUGCGGCCGGCAAGGCUGGCAAGGCCGACAAGACCGCCAAGGCCGACAAGGGCGCAAAGGCCGACAAGACCGCUAAGGCCGACAAGACCGCCAAGGCCGACAAGACUGACAAGACCGCCAAGGCUGGUAAGGCCGACAAGGCUGCCAAGGCCGACGAGAACUAA